AUGGCACAGAUGUAUGUGUACAGCUACGAGCAGCUGGUAGCAAUUGUAAACCGACACAACGCUACGAUAGGCCAACAAGCUGCAGUGAUUAAUAACCUGCGAUCAGAGCGACAGUGGCUGGAAGAGGAUAAUCAGAUUCAGAGAGAGGAGUUGGAAAAAUCUCAAAAGAACCUCAAGGAUCUCGAAACAUCGAGAAAGUUAAAAGAAAAUAAAUUGAGAAAAGAGUUACAGCGGCUAAAGGAAUCACAUGGAGACAUCAAGUGGAGGCACAAGAACGCCGUUAGGGAAUUAAACCAUGAGAAAGGAAAAAACCUCAAGAUGAAGGCUCACUGUACUUCACUGUUGGAGAAGCUUGAUGAGAACACCCAGGAGCUUCAGCAGAAACAAAAAGAACUUGACCGAGCAAAGCAGGAACUCGAUUUGGGCUACAUUCUGGGCGAGUGUGUGUAUCAGCACCUUAGAUAUUAUUACUGGGGGUAUUUUGAACUGCUAAAGUACUUCCAGUGGUCUGGGCCAUCGUCUGGAGGAGCGACCAUCACAGAGCUCGACAGUAAUGAAAUAACAUCAAUAGAAGAAAACACGGUUGCACUGCUGCCUCACAGUUAUAGCCUAACACCGGGAGUCAUGGUGUCAUCAAAACCAUGUUCGAAAACAGUCACAGUACCUGUAUUAGACGCCGACAAAAUACCUGCACCUGUGAACAUGGUGAAGGAAACGGAGACAGAUUCCCGAACAACUCUGGCAGCCCAGAAUGUCAUCCAGUCAGACAGAAGUAACAGCAUCUGUCCCCAAACAGCUUACAUCCCGAGCAAUGCUCUCUUCCGAGACCUAAACCCAAUCGAGUUCCUGCUCUUCAAUAAUAACAUCACCAGUUGGUCUAUCUGUCAAGUUCCUGGCGUUCCUCAACUAUCAGCUCUCCGCAGUGAAGUGCCUACAAGACCGAGCAACCACCUGCAGCUUGCCAUUUCUGCACCUGAGUGUCUUAAUACAGCAAACAAACUACCUGGAGCUGUUAAAGGAGUUGGCCGAGCACCUCGGAUACCAACGAUUGAACGUUUAAUCCCUACCAUGGUAACCAAAUCAGCCGGAGUUAACAUCACCUCUUGCGACGCUGACACGUUUGAAUCUUCGUCAAAGGAAAGUAAAGAGGAACACGAAAUUGGAAGUGACGAACCAAAAGAUGGACAUUGCCAGUCGACCACUGUUUCUUCCGAGCAUUGGUUCUCCCUCGCGAACAACAGCCGUGAACUUGUAGACUUUGAUGGUGAAAAGGAAGUUUCAACUCGUAAACGAGCUGGAGUGAAAAAAACACAGUCUUUGGUGAGUUGGCUAAAAAAUUCACAGAUACUACACAAAAUUCAAGUGGCCUAAAAGGGUUUUAGUAGAUCAAGCUUUAUGAAGAUCGUGGAAAUGUCGAGAACUGUGUAUGCACUAAUAAGUAAGUGCGUGAUUGACGCUGGGGUUAGGGUGACGUUUAAAAUGAUUUUGUUAACUUUUCCAAGAGCAUCGCAAAACAACAUGGUCGGUAUUUACCAUAAGCAACUGUUUUUAAACCCAAAUUCUAACUUGCUCGUGUAAAUGGGGUUUCGUUCUCGGUAGAGGCGACAUUUUGUGCGCAUGCUCUCUUAUGCUUAUCUUACUAAUUUCCAUGUCAUCGCCGCUCUGCAGCUUUAAAAAAGAGUUCAAGACUAAAAACGGCAGGUUGUUGGAAAUUAAAACGCUGUCAGUUUCUCGGACUAAAAAAGCUUAAAAAGUAUCUUAUCAGUGCGGGUAAGUCUUCGUCGUUCUUGAAGACAGCGGUUUAAUUAACUGGCUAUUUUAGUACUAAUCAAUCUCCUCUGGUUUUUAUACUGUUUAUCUUUGCAGAAGGAAAGAGUGAACAGAUUUAUCUCCUGGCUACGACACCAUUCUUGCCGCAGACCGAAAACAGAAGAUUGA